AUGUCAUCAAAUUGGGCUAAUCUAGGAGAUACAGUGCAUGCUUUGUCAUUGGUCAAUACGUUGGCAUUUGCCUACAUCGUGGGCUUUCAUCGAGACAGUAUCUUUGAUCCAUCUUGGAAACAACAAGGCUUCUGCCUAGUCGAGGAGGAGGACCCAACCGGUGAUCAGAACGGGUUUUGGUCGACCCAUGAUUUGUGUUUCUGUGCCAAUAUCAUCUUGGCCGCGGCUCACUACUCUAUCCUCAAAGUAUUGAAAGAUCAACCAGAAAUGGAAAGAGCCACGAAAUUGGCAGGCACUCAUCAGCUCAUAGGGAUUGUAGGUCAUGGCAUUGGACAUGGAGCCUUGUCGGCAACGUUUCGUUUCAUUGGGGAUGAGAUGCGUAUGGAUCAAAGUCCCUGGGAAAGUGGUAUUAUGGGCUCCACCCAUGUUGCAAUCCUCGCAAUUCUGUUUCCGGCGUUCUUUGUCUUCUGGGUCAUGUUACUGAAAGCCGCCAUGCCAGCAAAAUCCUGGUCUCUUCUGGGAGUCCUUGGCUCUGUUGCUCUUUGCUUGCAACCGUUUUGCCCUGUAAAUCUAAGCUUCACCUACGUUCAAUCCAUUGCAAUGAGCGCGGUUGCCUGGAAUGAGAUGACGAAACCCAAGGAAGCAAAAGGCUUUGAGUACAGCAUGUUUCCUUGUCUGAUAGCAUUGCCUCUCGGUCUUCUAGCAUGGGUUGAGAGCACUCAGUGUUCAAGUUUUAUCAGGGACUUCGGAGGCCAUGUCCUCUAUGACGCCUUUAUUCCCAUUUCCAUGACCGUCUUCUACGUGGUCUGUUGGAUCCGGGUGAGUUUCACAUUCCGAGCUAGAAUUGGUAAUGCUGCAGCUCCCUCUCUCGAGAAAGUGAAGGGUGCUUGA